AGGCAGUGAAGUGUGCCUCCCGCACAGAGGGGGAUGCUGAGAUGAUGCAACCAGAGGAGGGGACAGAGGAUCAUCCGGCUGCUGCCAACACAGAGGGGCUGACAUCUGAAACCGAUGCUGCCUGCUGUCUAAAGUUGUGGAUUAGUGAAGUCUUAGAGACUUCAAAUGAACGUUCAUCGGAUAUUUAUCAGUCUGUCAAACGGAAAAAUUAGGAGAACCGCAGAUUGAGCUGUAAAUGUAUUGGCAUCAGAGAGCUCAGUAUGAAGAAGUCGGUCCGGCCAGUGGUGAGUAAAGUGAGCGGGGAUCGAGGGAAGGCAGAGGCCACGGCUACCACUGGGACUGGAAAGCCUGCAACCAAGACUGGCACUUCAGCGUCUCUCUCUAAGGUGAAAAGCAAUGAUGAUGAUCUUGUAACAGCUAUGGCUGGUGGGAAUCCUACAUCAAGUAAUGCUGUUACCAAGGCCAAGAGGACUGCCUCCAUUGGGACUUCUGCUAGCAACCUAGACAGCAAGCCAAAGACAACAUCAGGUACUUCAUCCAAGCGUACAACAUCUUCAAUUUCCAAGGAGCCAAAUUCAUCACGGGAUCGCCUUAGGACAUCCAGGACCUCAGCCAAUAAGAAGCAGCUGGCGUCUGGGACUGUAGCUGGGGAUGUGGCCUCUGGGAAGCGUUCUCGCAGCCAAGUCCUGGCAGAGUCUGAGGUCCGUAUGAGCAAAUCUAAAUCAGACGGCCAGAUCAGUGAUAAGGUAGCUUUGGAGGCCAAAGUGAAAGACCUGUUGGGUUUGGCUAAAAGCAAAGAUGUGGAGAUCCUUCAUCUGCGCAGUGAGUUGAGAGACAUGAGGGCACAGCUUGGUUUGGGAGGGAAUGAAUCACCGCCACAGGAAGCAGCUGAGGAGGAAGAGAAGCCCCAUGUUUCAGCCAUCACAGCAGCUGAUGUGGAGUCCACUCUGAUUCUCUUACAAGAGCAGAACCAGGCCAUCAGAGAGGAGCUCAACCUGCUUAAGAGUGAGAACCGAAUGCUAAAAGAUCGGCUCAAUGCGCUGGGCUUCUCUUUGGAGCAGAGAUUGGAUGGUUCUGACAAGCUGUUCAGCUACGCCUCCCUGAGCCCGGACUUGGCUGCAAGCAGUGGGCAGAGUGAUGGUGGGGGAACGGGUACGCUGGCCUCCUCAGUGGAAGGAUCAGCCCCUGGUUCACUGGAGGAUCUGCUCACGGGACACCAGCAUGGAGGCUCUGCAGACAACCUCGACAGUGAAUCUAGUGAGGUCUACCAAGCCGUCACAUCCAGUGAUGAUGCUCUGGACGCCCCCUCUGGAGCUUCCUCAUCAUCUGAGUCAGAAUGCGCACCCAGCAGAGAGCGCUCGCGGAGGGGCAGCAGUGGCAACGCCAGCGAGGUGUCUGUGGCCUGUCUGACGGAGCGCAUACACCAGAUGGAAGAGAACCAGCACAGCACUGCCGAGGAGCUCCAGGCCACAUUACAGGAGCUGGCUGACCUGCAACAAAUUACCCAGGAGCUCAACGGAGAGAAUGAGCGGUUAGGGGAAGAAAAGGUGAUCCUCAUGGACUCCCUGUGCCAGCAGAGUGACAAGCUUGAGCUCUAUGGUCGACAGAUUGAGUACCUGCGAUCCCUGCUGGAUGAGCAUCACAUAUCGUACGUGCUAGAGGAGGACAUCAAGAGUGGCCGCUACAUGGAGCUGGAGCAGCGCUACGCAGACUUGGCAGAUAAUGCCCGCUUUGAGAGAGAGCAGCUGCUGGGGGUUCAGCAGCACCUGUCCAAUACACUGAAGAUGGCUGAGCAGGACAACGCCGAGGCCCAGGAGAUGAUUGGAGCACUGAAGGAGAGAAACCACCAGAUGGAGCGCAUCAUGGAGUCGGAGAGACAGGGUCGAGCUGCCAUGGCGGCCGCACUUGAGGAGUACAAGACGGCCGUGAGCAAUGACCAGGCGGAGCUGAGCCGCUGCAGAGCACAGCUGGACCAGGAGAGGCAGAGGGUGGCCGAGCUGUACUCUCUUCAUACAGCGGGGGACAAAAAUGACAUCUGCCAGCUGCUGGAAGGAGUACGUCUGGGGAAAGAAGAGGCUGAGGCCAAGGCGGCAAAGUUGCAGGAGGACCUUGAACAAACCCACAGUGACCUCACCCGGAUGCAGGAGACAUUUAGUAAGCUGGACAGGGAAUACAGAGACUUCCAGGAGCAGGUGCAGCAGCAGAUGGCCGAGCAGGAGCGCACGCUGGAGAAGCAGCGGGUGGAUCUACAGGAGAAAGAGACUGAGAUCGCAGACAUGAAGGAAACCAUCUUUGAGCUGGAGGAUGAGGUGGAGCAGCACCGAGCUCUCAAACUCCAUGACAACCUCAUCAUCACAGACCUAGAGAACUCUGUGAAGAAGCUGCAGGACCAGAAGCAUGACAUGGAGAGAGAGAUAAAGAUUCUUCACCGCAGACUGAGGGAGGAGUCGAUGGAGUGGCGUCAAUUCCAGGCUGAUCUGCAGACGGCCGUUGUCAUUGCUAAUGACAUCAAAUCCGAAGCACAGGAGGAGAUCGGAGAUUUGCGGCGUCGGCUGCAGGAAGCCCAGGAGAAGAAUGAGAAGCUGAGCAAAGAGCUGGACGAGGUCAAGAGCCGCAAGCAGGACGAGGAGAGAGGCAGAGUGUAUAACUACAUGAACGCAGUGGAGAGGGACCUGGCCGCUCUCAGACAGGGCAUGGGUCUCAGCCGGCGAUCCUCCACCUCCUCUGAGCCCUCCCCCACUGUCAAAACGCUCAUCAAGAGCUUUGACAGUGCCUCACAAGGUCCACCUUCCAACGGUGCCUCUGUGACUCCGACAGCCUCGGCUACCCCGCUGCCCCGCACCCCCCUCAGCCCCAGUCCCAUGAAAACCCCUCCGGCAGCUGCUGUUUCACCCAUACAGAGACACUCCAUAAGUGGGUCCAUGUCGGCAGCCAAGCCGCUAUCCUCCCUGAGUGAUAAGAGGCCCAGUUACACAGACAUCACCAUGCCAGCUGAGCACCUUCUCAGGGGAGCGUCGGCUAGCCGACCUCCGUCUGCCCUCCAGAGGGUCUCCAACAUGGACUCCACCAAAGCAAUCUCAGCAGUGUCCCGCCGGAGCAAUGAGGAGAUAAAAAGGGACAUGUCUGCUUCAGAUGGUGCCUCCUCCACCUCCCUGAUGGCUAUGAGUGCUGCCUCCUCCCCACUCUCACUGUCCUCCUCCUCCCCCACCGCUUCCAUCACCCCCACAGCACGCAGCCGCCUAAGAGAAGAGAGAAAGGACCCGCUGUCAGCACUGGCCAGAGAGUACGGGGGCUCCAAGAGAAACGCUCUGCUAAAGUGGUGCCAGAAGAAGACUGAGGGUUAUCAGAACAUUGAUAUCACAAACUUCAGCAGCAGCUGGAAUGAUGGUCUGGCCUUCUGCGCUGUGCUCCACACAUACCUGCCUGCACACAUCCCCUACCAGGAGCUCACCAGCCUGGAGAAGAGGAGAAACUUCACCUUAGCUUUCCAGGCAGCAGAGAGUGUGGGCAUCAAAUGCACUUUGGACAUAAAUGAGAUGGUGCACACAGAGAGGCCGGACUGGCAGAGUGUCAUGACUUAUGUCACAGCCAUCUACAAGUACUUUGAGACCUGACUUCACCGUCUCACCCAUUCUGCUCGUGCAGCACGAUCAGAGCCACGCAAGCUAGCCCCCUGACCACCUGUCCCCCACACCACAGCAACAUCCAGUCACGCUGCAUGUUGAUCCUGAGUAUUUAGCAACACUAAAGGCGGACCAGAACCUCACUGGUCACACACAGCUCCUCCAUCCUCCCAGCGCAGCAAUGAAGGUGCUUUGUGUAGAGUCAUAAUCCAAGGGCUUGUAAUGUCUACUGUCACACUUGUAAGCCAUGAGAAGUAACUCUUAUGAAAGCCUGGUGAGCCAAGUAUGAACUGAGCAGCAAUGAAAGGUCAAAGAAACCAAGUCUCAGUGCCUUUUACAUGGCUGUUAAUGGCAAAUAAUAUUCCUGGGGAAUGGGGGGAAUUCUCACAGAUUUGGCUUUCUUUGGAAGUUGUUGUCAUAAACUGACAUGUAUUUUCUUUUGUUGGUUGUGAAUAUUUGGUGGAAGACAUCAGCAUCUCCAGAACAACAAACCAAAACUCGGUGAUGUUGGAAUUCCCCCCAAAGUCCUGAAAAUUCCCUCUGAAAGGAAUUCAGACAGACUCAGCCCCUUUGCACCAAGUCUUCCAGACGUUAUAGUACGAUACAGAUGCCUCAGUUUCAAUAGAUCAAGUGCCUGUGUGAGUUUUGAUGCAGGAGGCCGGGACUUGAGCUCUCUCUAUGGGCCAGUCCUCCACAGAAGCAGUGUCUUGUCACUACAGUUUGUAAAGCUAAACACUUGAGGAGUGGUUGCCAAAUAUAUUUCAGAGCCUUUUGAUUGUUGAUUCCUGGCUUAUUGACCAUCAGCUGCUGCAGACAGCAUCUAGUCAUGUGUGGCAGUUUGCUUUUCAAAUACAGAAAUAUGCUAUGUUCUGCAACACUACUACACAUUUUGUUAAACCACACUAACACUCAUUCAUUCACUAAUAUUCAUUUGAUGUGUGUGAGUUGAACACUGAACUGUAUAAUGUGAGUGUUUUCAUUUUGUUGGGCCUGCAUUUGCCAUCUUGCACUGCUUGACUUAUUUCAUUAGGCACAUACAGCACACGGCAUCGUUUCAUCAUAACCAAAAUAUGAAUGAGUGGCAUUUAGUGUGUUUUGAUAGCUCGCAGAGCCUUAAAACUUUAUCAGCCUGAGGGUUUAAUUAGAAAAUCUGUGUCUCACCCAGGAACUUUAUGCUGGGAAAGUUUGCUCUAGUUUUUGGAAACCAUCAGAGACACAUUCAUAGGUGAAGACACACUUUAGUAGGUCAGUGCAGCAUCCCAUUAAAGAUAUAGUUUAAGUCUGGAAACAGUGAAGCACGGUUUUCUCUGCAGGUGACAAAACCCACCUAGCAACACCUCUAAAGCUCCCUAAUUGAUAUAUCUCAGACAGUCAGCGAAGACUGUAGUCUUUACAGUUUUAUGUUCAAAUUAAACAAGAUACAACAUGUUAAUUAGUGAGCUUUAGAAGUGCUGGUAGACAGAUUUGUUACCUUUUUUGCUGUUUGUCCCCGUUUCCACUCUCUAUGCUAAGCUAAGCUAAGCUAAUAAACUGCAGGCUCUAGCUCCAUAUUUAGCCUCCAGACGUGAGGACACGACAUUGUCCGUCUGCUCAUCAAACAUAUGACAAGAAAGCAAAUAAGCACUUAUGAAAAUGUCAAACUUUAAUAUCAAAUCAAAUCAAA